AUGAAGCAUUUACUGUUAUCGGCCGUAUUGCUCGCUGUCGCCGCCUGGGCUGUCGAUCCGGAGCCGUUCUGCAAGACGGAUGCCGACUGCGUCAAACGAACGCAAUGCGACCAGAAAAAGGUGUUUUGCAAGUGUCGAACGACAUCGUGCUACCAAUAUCGGCCAUGCAACAUCUCAAACGGCGAGGACAACAACCCGGACUGCCCACAGUACGAGUCAUGCAUGCCUAACAUAGGGGAGACGAUUCACUCGUGUGUGAGAGUGAUGGACAAAGGUGUCGACUGGAUCGUCAAGAAUACAACCCCAAAACUUAGCUGGACUUGGAUUUCCGCGCAUACAUGUGACAUCACCAAGGGCGUGAAAAACAACACGGCCUGCAAGCCGGAGGAGACGUGCGAGUUAACUGCCGAGAAGGUCUACAAGUGUCACGGGCGCAACAAC